AUGGCGGCCACAACCACCUCUCAGCUUGUGCAGAGCCACGUCAGCACCAUCGUACAAUCAUCCCGAUCACCAGCGACAGCGAUCAGCGCGAAAUCCGCCGUGUCCUUCUCAGGCUCCGAGCUCCACGGAGCUGCCUGCCGAACGCGCACGACCAAGUCCGUCUCCUGCAAUGCCUCGCAGAGGCAGGCCGUGCAGCCCAGGGCGUCAGCGGACGAGCCUCUGCUGGUGCGCGCAGCGCGCGGGGAGGCCAUUCCGCGCCCCCCCGCGUGGAUGAUGCGCCAAGCGGGCCGCUACAUGGCCGCAUAUCAGAAGCUCUCCAAGAACCACCCCUCUUUCCGCGAACGUUCCGAGACGACGGAUCUGAUCGUGGAAAUUACUCUGCAGCCGUGGUGCGCGUUCAAGCCUGACGGCGUGAUUCUGUUCUCGGACAUCCUUACGCCGUUGGAGGCGAUGGGGAUUCCGUUCGAGAUCGACGAGAACAAGGGUCCCGUUAUCGACAGCCCCAUUAGGACGACGGAGGCGCUUAAGGCACUGACGCCCGUGCAGCUGGACAAGCUUCACUUCGUUGACGAGUCGCUGCGGCAAAUCCGGAAAGAGAUUGAGGGCACGGCUGCCCUCCUGGGCUUUGUGGGGGCGCCAUGGACUCUUGCAACCUACUGUGUGGAGGGUGGCACCACGCGCACCUACACCAAGAUCAAGGGCAUGAUCCACAGCGCGCCGGACGUCCUCAGGGCGCUCCUGCAGCACCUGGCCAAUGAGAUCGCGACAUAUGCCGCUUUCCAAGUGGACGCCGGCGCGCAGUGCAUCCAGGUGUUUGACUCGUGGGGCGGCCAGCUUCCUCCUGACCAGUGGGACGAGUGGGCCAAGCCCUACAUCAUUCAGGUCAUCUCCCAGCUGAAGGCGAAGCACCCGACAGUCCCCGUGGUCCUCUACGCCAACGGCAGUGGGGGUCUCAUGGAGCGCAUGGCCACCACUGGCGCUGACGUCAUCGGUGUUGACUGGACCAUCGACAUGGCCGAUGCACGGACGAGGAUUGACGGUGCUCUGAAGGCGAGCCCCGGGGGGAGUGCGAAGCCGAGGCUGUCGGUGCAGGGGAACGUGGACCCUGCUGUGCUGUUUGCUUCCAAGGAUGCCAUUACUGACGCCAUUCAUCGCUGUGUGGCCAAGGCGGGUCCGCGCGGUCACAUUCUCAACCUGGGCCACGGUGUGCUGGUGGGGACACCAGAGGAUAGUGUCUUGCACUUCUUUGAGACUACUCGCGCACUCAAAUACGCUGAGGAGCCUGUUGUGGCCAAAGCUUAA